UAAUUUGAGUAGGACAUCAUUCUAAUUUAAAAAAAAAAUUUUACCAUUGCCAAAAUUAUUUAGGAAAAAUCGUAGGUAUAACUUUGUUCUAGAAACUGAUCAGAAUUAGUUGGAGAUAUUCUAAAACUUUUGAAGACAUUGUACACUGAGGGCUGCCAGCUUUAUUUUACUCCAGCCAUGAUGAAUACUGAUGGGCCAGCACCUCUAUCAGAGUGUAUGAGAGAGGUAGUGAGUGGGAUUUGUCAACUGCAGCAUCUGGACAGUCGGUGAGUCUGCUCUCCCCCUAGGUCUGUAUAUAGGGCCUUCUGCAGUAAAGUGAUAAGCAGGGCAAGCUUUGGGAAUACAUUACAGCCCCUUCCCAUCAGUAGCUAACCAGCGAAAGCCUGGACAGGUGGACGUAGACACCUCUAAGAAAGGAAUUGUUCAAAGGCAGAGCAGCAAAAGAACCGGAGCUGAUGAAAUGUUUACAUUGCAGCCAAGGCUCCUGCUCAGUUGCCGGAACCAAACAACAUCUGUUACAGUCCUACAGGGCCUGAAGGCCCUCAACACCUCUGUGUCAGGAGCAGGAAAGGAGCCGGCCUGACUGUGACACCAUCUGUGUGCCAGGGACUCUGGCCAAAAGGCCUGGCACUUAAAAGCUUAAUUUCACUCCAUCCAGUCUGCGACAGGGAAAAAUCUUGGAGCAGACUAGUAGCAUCCUCACCCCCUCUCUCUCUCAAUUACCUAGUCUGCCACAACCUCAAAACAAACACAACUGAUAAUUUGCUGCUUUCAAGCGUCCACAGAGCUUCUUUCCACCAACACCUUCUGAUUGCAGGCUCACCUCCUCCAGCCUCAGCUGCUGAUCUAGAAUCCUGGAGAAUAAUUGUCAGGGGAGCUAAAGAACCAGAGCUUCUGUUAUGAGAACAAUGACUGCUAGCACUGUUGUCUUUUUUCACAAAGAAACACACACCCCCAGCCUCCUCCUGGGUCCUUGCUGGUAGCCAAGGCAUCCUCCCAAGGAGGUAGGCUUGGAUGAUGGAUGAUUAUCCUGGGUAAGGCGAGAACAGGACAACCUCAGAACAAAAAGAGGGAAACUGCAUCUUCUCCUUCUCAGCCUCCCCUUCUGUUAUCCUGAACCCUCCCUUGCUCCUCUAGGUGCAGUCCACGAGCCAGCAACAUCAGCAUCACCUGACAGUAAUAGCAGUCUGGCAGCCUGCUCCACAAACAGGAUCAGAAUCUACAGUUUAACAAAUCCCCCAGGUGAUUCAGAUGCAUGUUCAACCUUGAGAAGCCCUGGUUCAAGUUUGAUAUUAAUGAUUAGAUGUAUGAUCAUUUUAUAUUAACACCAAGUAGAAGGAAGUCUCUGCUCAUUGCAAAUCUAAAAGAGAAAGGAAUUAAGGCACUUAGACAUCUGUAGACAGAAAAGUACUACCAGAAGUUAGAUGUUAAUAUUGGCAAUCUUAUCUAAAGGUCUGGCUACCUUUGCCUUGCCUCUAGCUCAGAGAGGGAAGAAAAGAAUGUUGUACAGGAACAAUUUGCGAAGCAGCAGCACCCAGACAAUGGAGGGGGCGUGUUUCCUCUGCCUGGCCAUCCCUUCAAGCAGGGGGAAGGCCCUAGCCCUAGCAUUCACCUUCUGCAGCGGCCAGAAAAGAGCCAGUAAAAACCACUCAGAACUUCCCUGUCACUGAAAGGCCAUUAAAUUUUUACAAGACGAAAAGUACUUUUUCCAAAAAUAAAACCCAGCGUUAUCAUCUUGGAAGGCUGGGAAAAUGUACAGUUCCUUUUUAUAACUGCGAAUAAGAGCAGUUCUGUACCAAUUCUAAAUUUUUUCUUCUGAUUCCACAAUCUUCUUUCCAUAGCAGGAAAAACAAAAUAUAGUGAAGUGAUCAGGUGUUAUUUAGACCCUCAAUGCACACCUGUGCCGACAACGCACUCAUCAAAUUCCUGAGACACCACUGGUGCUUCCACAUAGAGGCGGUUUUCUGGAUGUGGCAGUGCAGUGUUGUGACUCAUGGGCCACCUAUGCCAUGCCGACCCUCAGUUUCCCCACUUGCGGUAAGCUGUUAUGAAGGAACUGGAAAAACUCACGUGGCUUCAGGGGCUACCCUUGGGAUGCACGUGAGUGAGGAAGUGGGAGGAGACCGCAGAAGUGCAUAAAAGGGAUAGUGUGAAUUGAGGUCACAGUUCAUCACGCGGUGAGUGCCAUGGCUCUUUCCAGCUCAUUCAGUGGUCCUGUUUGGAUUUCACAAGGCUGACAUGUCAGAUCCUGGCCAUUGUGUCUAUCCUGUUCAUCGUGCUUUCCACCAUUGCUUUGUCUCUCAACACGCUGCCAGAGCUUCAGGAAACAGAUGAAUUUGGACAACCUAAUGACAAUCGCCAAUUAGCACACGUGGAGGCUGUGUGUAUUGCAUGGUUUACCAUGGAGUACUUGUUGCGAUUCUUAUCCUCACCAAACAAAUGGAAGUUCUUUAAAGGUCCACUGAAUGUCAUUGAUUUGCUGGCCAUCUUGCCAUACUAUGUCACCAUUUUUCUCACUGAGUCCAAUAAGAGUGUGCUGCAGUUCCAAAAUGUGAGGCGCGUGGUCCAGAUCUUCCGAAUCAUGCGCAUCCUCAGGAUCCUGAAACUCGCCCGGCAUUCAACAGGCCUGCAGUCUCUGGGUUUCACCCUUAGGCGGAGUUACAAUGAACUGGGCUUGUUGAUAUUGUUUCUGGCCAUGGGGAUAAUGAUAUUUUCCAGCCUGGUAUUUUUUGCUGAGAAGGAUGAAGAUGCUACCAAGUUCACCAGUAUCCCUGCAUCAUUUUGGUGGGCCACCAUCACCAUGACCACUGUUGGUUAUGGUGACAUUUACCCUAAAACGUUACUAGGGAAAAUUGUGGGAGGCCUGUGCUGUAUUGCUGGGGUUCUGGUUAUUGCCCUUCCUAUCCCGAUUAUUGUGAACAAUUUUUCUGAGUUUUACAAGGAGCAGAAACGCCAAGAGAAAGCAAUUAAAAGGAGAGAGGCUCUCGAGCGGGCCAAAAGGAACGGAAGCAUUGUUUCUAUGAACUUAAAAGAUGCCUUUGCUCGAAGUAUGGAACUGAUAGAUGUGGCUGUCGAGAAGGCUGGAGAGUCCACCAAUACGAAGGACUCCACUGACGAUAAUCACCUGUCUCCAAGCCGGUGGAAGUGGGCCAGAAAGGCUCUGUCGGAAACAAGCUCCAACAAGUCUUUCGAGAAUAAGUACCAGGAGGUUAGCCAAAAAGACUCCCACGAGCAGCUGAAUAACAUGUCUUCCUCCAGCCCACAGCAUCUGAGUGCCCAGAAACUAGAGAUGCUGUACAAUGAAAUCACCAAGACACAGCCUCAUUCUCACCCAAACCCAGACUGCCAAGAAAAGCCUGAGAGGCCAUCUGCUUAUGAAGAAGAGAUUGAAAUGGAAGAAGUGGUGUGUCCGCAGGAGCAGCUGGCCGUGGCACAGACUGAGGUCAUCGUGGACAUGAAGAGCACCUCCAGCAUUGACAGCUUUACCAGCUGUGCCACCGACUUCACAGAGACGGAGAAAUCACCCCUGCCACCGCCCUCCGCCUCUCACUUGCAGAUGAAGUUCCCAACCGACUUCCCAGGGACAGAAGAGCACCAAAGAGCUAGGGGCCCCCCAUUUCUAACUCUAUCCAGAGAGAAAGGGCCUGCUGCCAGGGAUGGCACGCUGGAGUAUACCCCAGUUGACAUAACUGUGAACCUCAAUGCCAGUGGUUCCCAGUGUGGGCCACACAGUCCUUUGCAGUCUGACAAUGCCACUGACAGUCCUAAGAGCUCUCUAAAAGGCAGCAACCCACUAAAGUCCAGAUCCCUCAAAGUGAACUUUAAAGAAAAUAGAGGCAGUGCACCACAGACCCCACCCAGCACAGCCAGGCCACUGCCAGUCACAACAGCUAACUUUUCGCUCACCACCCCACAGCACAUCAGUACCAUCCUCUUAGAAGAAACCCCCUCCCAAGGAGACAGACCCUUGCUGGGUGCUGAGGUCUCAGCACCUUGUCAGGGACCUUCCAAAGGGCUGUCCCCCAGGUUUCCCAAGCAGAAACUGUUCCCUUUCUCUUCAAGAGAGAGGAGGAGCUUCACUGAAAUAGAUACUGGUGAAGACGAAGACUUCUUAGAGCUCCCAGGGGCAAGGGAGGAGAAACAGGUGGACUCCAGCCCAAAUUGCUUUGCAGAUAAGCCUAGUGAUGGGAGAGACCCUUUAAGAGAAGAGGGCAGCAUGGGCUCUUCCUCCCCACAGGACACAGGUCACAACUGUAGGCAAGACAUUUACCAUGCUGUGAGUGAUGUCAAAAAGGACAGUAGUCAAGAAGGGUGCAAGAUGGAAAACCACUUGUUUGCCCCAGAAAUUCAUUCCAAUCCAGGAGACACAGGUUAUUGCCCCACACGUGAAACCAGCAUGUGACUAGUUACAAAAGCAAUAAAUCAAAAAAAAAAAAAAAAAAAAAAAAAAAAAAAACUCUUGUUUCUUAAAAAUGCAGUUAAUAAUGCCUGUGAACUAAAAAAAUGGGAAGCCCUCCCCAGAAAAGUACAUAAAAUGUUAUUUUUGCAUGGCAUGAACAGUUUAGCUUAAGUACUGUUUAAAUAAAGAAUCAAGACUGCAUUUUGUAACAAACCAACAAAAAUGACUGAAGAACGGUGAACAAAUAAAAAGAGCUCUAUUAGGAACCAGUAUUCUGCAAUGUCUGACAUUUUUGAUCCUUUCAUUUCAAAGUGUAGGCCGAUUUUCAAGUUUUAACUUUUAUGUUACGAUGAAGUUUAGAAUUUUCACAUGAAAGGAUGAAAUGUCAUUGCAUGCAUUCACAAUUAUGAGGAAUAAGGUACUGUGAGCUUGCAAAAUGCAUAACUUUAUAAAUAUUGAGGCCUGGAUGCGAAAGUGUCACGAACACAUGGAAACAAGUUUCUGAAACACAGGUAUUUCCUUCACAACUACUGCCUGGAGGAGCUGUACAGACUUCCUGUUGCAAAAUUGCAACCUCUCCUUAAACCAUCUUGAAUAUCUUGCUUUGAGUUAUGAAGCUCUUAUAAGUACAUUUGUUUAAAGGAAUACAGUAUUUUUUAUUUACUUGUGAUAUAAUUCAUAGAGUACAUUUUACUUUUUUGCUUCUGCUUAGUUUUGGCAUUUGUGGUUUCAUUUGUAAAUCAUAGACAUGGGCAAGAUUUAAUGACCAGAUAUCAAAAUAUUUAAAAUUUAAGUCUGAAAUUUUACCAACAAGUUAUAUAUCAUGCCACAGCCUAUUACAAAAAUGUAUUUUUUUAAAAAAACCUGAACUUAUUUAAAAGGUUAUAUCAUACAAUUAAAUGUUUUUCAUGGCAGUCUACAUUUGGAAAUUAGUUAUUUUUAAAAAUGUAUUUUGGCCACCUAAAGAUGAUGUAUUUUUCAUUUGAAUCCAAUAUAACAUAACCUUUUCUAACUAAAGUUCUUAAAAUAGAAUGCAGAUAUGCCAAAAUGGAAACUCCAAAAAGUGACUUGACAAACUAAAAGCAGAGUCAUUUAAGUCAGGUUUCCACCACCACUCAGAGUUAGCUGGGAAAUGAGUAACCAUGAAAAGAGCCUGGGAGUGGUAAUAGGUCACCCAAUAUUUCUCAACAUGGGAUGCAAGGUUGGGGGACACUGCAAUGUGUGGGAGGAAGUUGUUCCUUUUGCAGGAUAUGAAUUACAGAACCCAGAUCACAGAUGGCAGUCACACCCUCCUAUAAUUACAGCAACUAGAAAUAUCCCUUUCCAGGGGGUGAUUGGGACUCUCUGUGUUCAAAGUGACUUUCAGCGUUUUUUACUGGGAAUAGUGAAAUCCAGAGAAGUGAAGGCACUGACCAGAGACUGCCUUGUUGAUGAAGUCUGUGCUAGAACUCAGGUCAUCUUAAUUCACUUUGCUUCAUAAGAAUCAAGGUUCUGGUCCAGAUUUGCAACUACCAGAUGUGUGAUUCUAGGCAAGCCUGUACAACCUCUCUUGGUCUCAGUUUUGCCCCAGUAAAAAUCAAAACAAAAUUAUUUCCAAGCUCCCAUAAGACCUCAAAUUAAUGAUUACUUGGUCUCCCAGGAAGGUCCAGAUUUUGCCUCAGCCUAAUGCACUUUGUAUGUGUGUGCGUGUGUGUGUGUGUAAAAUUCAGGGAAACAGAUGCUGGGCCAAAUUUAAAGCACAAUUUAUUGUUGAAAGAAAAAAAUUCUAUAUUUUAUUUUUAAGAGGGAAAAAUAGCCCAAAUAUUUAGACUCUUAUUUAAGGCUUUAAAGAAAAACAUUUCUUUAUUACCAGGAUCUGGUCAUUAUAUCUCAGAUAAGAAAACAAGUUUUGAUCUUAGUUGAAACCCAGGCAGACCUAUUGCUAAAAUAAUUUUAAACAUUUCUUUUUUCACUGUGCUUAGAAUUUCUUAGUAGUUUUCAUGUUUGUUUCAAAAAACCGUUAAGAGUAUAUGGUCAUUAACUGUUGGUAUUUACAUUACUCAUUUCAGUGUCUAAAGCUAAAUAUUGAUCAGUUUUGUAAAUAGAGUGUUUGAAUUUUCUAUCUAUAGUUUUUCAAGGUCAAACAGGUAUAUCUGCUGUUAGAUGAUUAGCAAAUAAUUUAUGAAAAUCAUUUUCUUAACAUAGCCUCAUAAAGCAAUUAUUUUCAAACAUCUCUUAUUGCUGAAUCUCAACUCUUUUUAUUCACCUUUCUGUAUAAGUGAACUUGUCUUAAUGCGCUGAGAGUUGACUGAUGCCACCUUUCCUGUGUCUGCUAGGCCUUCUGCUGAGAAAACUGCUCCAGAAUGUUUAAUAUUGGAAAACUUGCCUAGCAAAGAAUCCUAGACAUUCCUCCCUAGAAGCAUCCUCCCCAAAAUAUUUUUUCCCUUCAUUCUAAGGUAAUUUUUUAAGUUUUAAAGAGUUUUCUAGUACAACCCAUGGUAAGCUUAUCCUUCCAUUUUUCUUAGUUCCUCUGACCCAAAAGUCAUCAGCUAGGAAAAAAAGAAAAUGCUCCUCUAAAAGACAUCUUGGACUUUGGUGUUUUACAAGGAGGCAGUGUGGGGACUGAAGGCUCCCAGGAUGCACUUGUGUAGCACUUCCCAAGACUUUUCUACAAACUGCACCUAAUGCAGAAAAUAAACGUGUGCCUGGAAUGGUCUGGGAAUGUCCCAAGCACAGAGUUUUUUCUAAGUCUUAUGUUUUACAUUAAAAGGUCAUGUAAAUGCUGCAUUUUACUUCAUAAUUUUAUAUACUCCAUAUGUUUAAAUAUUUUAAAAAUAAUUUUAUAUUAUUUACCAACUGGUAAAAUGGAUACUCUUAUAACUUUAAAUAUGUCUUUUGUACCCCCUGGAAAAAUAGAUCCCCAGUUUGAGAUAUGCUGCAUGAAUGACAGGAACAGAGAUUGGUUCCCUGAGGGCCACCGGAGGUUUCUGCUGCUGAGAGUGCUCACUCCUUGUUACAAGUGAGGAUUAUUUGAAUGACCACAAAAUAACUCAGUUUCAUGUAUGGCUAUUUUAAUUCUUCUGAGUCUCUUAACAACCAGCACAAAUUGCCACAAUAUUAUUUGAGGUCAAAGAUAGAGUCCAAUCCUACGAGGAUAGAAAUGGGUGCAUCAAUGUGUGUCCUGAGUCAGACCACACAUACACACAUAUGCUAAGUUGGUGCCUGAAAUUGACUUGAUUUGUCUCUAAACGUUUUUACUAGAAAUUUCUCAACUGUGACACAAAUCAACUGCUUUGAAGCAAGCAUUUGAUCAAGUAUUGUCCUGAUAUGACUAGAUUUGGUAACAAGGAGAAUAUAUGCCAAGUGUCUGUUCCCAUUAAUUUCUUGUCAAAACAGUCUUACUCUCAUUGACAUUGUCCUAGGAAAGUCAAAAAUUCAACUAUUUUCUCUUGAAGUUAGAAGAGAAAAAAAAAAGCCAUAUGUAUGUAGAGUACUUAUAGUUUCUUAUCUCACAACAGUCUUUUGAAUAUGCAGUAAAGGACCAGAGGGGUUAUACAUUUUGCUCAAUUUCACACACAUCACUGGUGAAUAGUAGAACUUGGCCUCAUCCAUGUCAUCUGGCUUCAAGUCUGGCAUUCUAAUAUACCACAUGAAAGUAUUAGGCUUGGUUUUUUCCCCAGUAAUACCCAAAAUAUGUAAAUAAAACUGGAGGUGCAUUUAUAGUCACACAGUUUGUUUAAAGCACCAGUAGAUCAUGCCAUAUGGUAAGGACAUGAAAGAACUGAUAUUAACCAUCUUUUGCAUAUAUGUCUGCCAAUUUGGAAUUCUGACCGUAAGAUACACAUCCCUGUUUAAAGAAAAUAAUUCAUUGUUCUUGAUAUCACAUGACAUACUCAUUAAGCAGAGGGCUGCAGGAAGCCACUUAAUCUGAAGCAAAAGCAAAUAGAGCUUUAGAAAUACUAAUAAGUUCAAAAAUAUUGUAUAAUUGAAUUUGAUAAUUAUUCAAGUGUUCAUUCAUUCAGAUACUAGUUAAGCAUCCCUGUAUGUGCUAGGGUACAAUCCCUGGCUUCAUGGAGCUUACUGCCUUGUCCCACUUAAAACCAAGCUGAGGAUUUGAGUUGCUGGAAAAUGUCUUUUCCGAGGAUUGAAAAAUCACUCAAUUAUCAAGCCAGAGAAGCAUACAACAGGAACAAAUGAAAUGAUUUUCCAAAGAACUGUUUUCCUAAAAAGUAGAUGGAUGACAUAAAGUCUGAUCUAUAAUUAUUUUUGAAUCACAGUUUGGAUUUCACACUUGAAAUAACAAAUUGUUACUCUGAUUGAGUGAGGUUAUGGGUUGUCUUUCCUUAUUAUCUGAUACAAUAAAAAAUAAUUUUUAAUUAGAUAUAUUGCUUGUAAAAAUAGCUAAUUAUAGUCUGUAACAAAUCACUAGAGAAAAAUUUAUUACUGGUGGAAAAGUCUGUUAAAAAGUUUAUGUUAUAAUAGUGUGCUUGAUAGUUAUAUUAUUAAAAGCAAAGCAUUUUAAUGCUUUUUUUUUACUUCCUAUUUACUAUGGGCAACAUUUUAGGGAUAUCUCAUUAAUCUUUGCUUCAUCUCUAAAUUUCUAAAUGUAAGAUUUUUUAAAUUCAGUAUUAAAAACUACUUAGUUUGACUCAAGGUGUUUAGUCUCUAGGUCCAUGUGGAUUUUGCCACUGCAUUGUCCUCUCCCAAAACAGAACUUUAAAAAGAAGAAGAAAGAAGAA